UACGAGGCAGUAAAGCAGAAAGAGGCUAACUGAUGGUCGAUUUGCGAUUUACCACUUACAUUUACAUGUAAUGUUAUAAGUAUUAUGUGAACAUUGAAUAAACUGUUAGUAAGACAUCUAGGCAAUUCACAAAAUGGAGCAAAAUCGAUUUCGCGUGCUUUCAAUUCAAAGCCACGUCGUGUGCGGUUACGUUGGCAACAAGUCUGCAACAUUUCCACUCCAGGUGUUAGGCUUUGAAGUCGAUGCAAUAAAUUCAGUUCAGUUUUCUAAUCAUACUGGGUAUGAACAUGUGAAAGGACAAGUACUGGAAUCUUCUGACCUAGGAGAACUUUUUUUAGGGCUGACAAUGAAUGACAUACAUCACUACAGUCAUCUUCUGACAGGUUAUUGCUGCUCUGAAUCGUUUUUAAAUGAUAUUCUAAUUGUUGUGAAAGAAUUAAGAAAGAAAAACCCUGCAUUAGUUUUUGUUUGUGAUCCUGUUCUUGGUGAUAAUGGAAAGUUUUAUGUGCCAGAAUCAUUGCUGCAGAUUUACAGAGAUAAAAUUAUACCUCUAGCAGAUGUGAUCACACCAAACCAAUUCGAAGCAGAGCUGUUGUCUGGAAUAAAAAUAAGAAAUGAAGAGGAUGCAAUUAAGGCAACAGAUAUUCUCCAUAGCAAAGGAACAAAAACUGUAAUUAUCUCUAGUACAGAGAUCGGAGUCGAAGGAACUUUAACGUUGCUUGCCAGUUCAAAAACAGAAUCUGGCUUGAAGCGGGUGAGACUACGAAUGCCAAAGAUGGAGGCCAUAUUUACUGGAACUGGUGACCUGUUUUCCUGCAUGCUGUUAGCUUGGAUGGCAAAAUACCCAGGAGAUUUGAAGACUGCUUGCGAAAAAACAAUAUCAGCCAUUCAUCUGGUAUUAAAAAGAACCCAAAAGGCAAUGACAGAGCUUGCUGGGCCUGGAAAUAAACCCACUGCAUUUCAAAGAGAGCUGCGAAUUAUUGAUAGUCUAGACGAUAUUAGAAACCCACCUGACUUGUUCAAAGCAGAUGAAAUUCAUUGAGUGGACUAAUUCUUUAUACAUAGGGGUUUGUUUUUAUUUUUGUCUGAAUGUUGGAAAUUUUUAUUAUCUUAGCCGUAUUAUCUUAAAGGUAGAUCAGCUGUGUUACAACUUGAUCUUGCACAGCCUAAUCUGAAUAAAUUUUGAUAUGAUAUAUAUCGUAUGGCAUAAGUCUUAUCAAGGCACUUAAUAUCUUGUCUCGUAUUAUAAAUAUGUAUUCCUAGCCUACUUUAAACAUGCCAUACUGUAUCGAUUCAUUUCCUGCCUCUCCUAUCUCCUUUGCGUACCUCCGCCGAAAAGGAACAGAUCUGAGAUCGGAACGAUCUGUAAAGCUACGAGGUAGUAUCAUUCGCGUGUUAUUUCGAUAUUUCGUCCGAUUUAAAAUUUAGAUUAACAUAAAUACGUCUCGAACAGUGGCGUACCCAAGAGGGGGAUAAGGGGGUCCGAACCCCCCCCCACUUUUCUAAAAUAUAAUCCUCGAGAUUUGUCCAAAAAUGAUGUAAAACUCAUUGGGGGGGGGGGUGUAGUAUACUGUAUGCUUGUGUCAAUAACAAUUGUAAAAUACUUUGCUAUUUACCGUAGCUAACAUUAAUCAAAUAAUGGAGGAAAAUUUUGCAAAAAGGGCAUUUCCCCGCAUUUGCAAGUGUCUGAAUGGCGUGGUUCAAAAAAUUCUGGGGGCUCCGCCCAGACCCCACCACUGCUGCAGCCCUGGGUACGCCACUGGUCUCGCACUGUUUGAAAGCAUAGGCGCACGAGAGAAAAGAUUUGCGAUUGGUGCUUAUUGUGUUUCUAAAACAUUACCCGAUAAUUGACUAUUUUAUUACCUGAUUGACUGGUAAUUAUUGAUGAUUUUUAUAUCCAGGCUGCUUGUAGCCUACACUCGUAUGCGUUAAAUUUGAUAUACCUACUUGUGUAAUGAAAUGGAAUUACCAGAAAAUUAUACUAACAACUUAAUACUAACUUUGUGUUAUUUGAUAAUUUGU